UAUAUUCAACAACCCUAUUGCAAAUGCCAAAUUCUUUUUAUUAAAGAAUUUUGCGACAUUCACUGCAGUUGCAGCUGUCGCAAUGUCAAACGUGGAGAUCUACGAUACGUCCAACUCCGAGUUAAGCAGCGACGAAUACAGCCACGAGGAGGACGACGACGCUCUAAUGGAGGCAGCGGUCAGCAAGCAAGCCAGUCCCGGUAACUCGACAAUAAAGGCGGGAGCGGACGUCGACCCGGGUGCAGUUGCCAAACCCAAGUCGAAGCCCUCCGAGAAUCCCAACGAUGAAAGUGUGACAACAGCGGAUGCCGCUGAAAAGGAGAAGAUAACCGAAGACGCUCCUGUGGUGAUGCCAGAAUCGCCCUCCACGACGGCCGAAAAAAUUCGACAAUUCCGGUUAUGGCAGUCCACACCCCUCCGUCUGCCUUCUAUUUAUUUCAAGCGCCGCAGUCUCGCCUGGACAAAAAAUUACGAUUCAAACUAUCAGUUUCUCAUAAAACGCAAAAACGCAAGCAUAAGGCGAAAGCGCUACACAUCCUACAGCAGAAGUGUGAGCUACAGUCGCAGCAAUAGUCGUAGCCUUAGUCGCAGUCGCAGCCGCAGCUUGGAGCGCAGUUGCAGCACCGACCGCAGUCGCAGUGGCAGCCAGUCGCCAGAACUCAUUUGUCUAGACGACACCGAAAAUGAGGUCCCCGAGAAGCCAGAGGAAGCCAAGGCAGCAAACGUAACUCCCAUUAAAGAGAACAAAGCUAAGAUCAUAAAACCUCCACCAGCAACAGAGCUACAAUUUGAGCAGCAGGAGAAUGAGAAGUCCAACGAAAAUGGUACCUCCGCCGAGCUGGAGGAGUUCCUCAUGAUAAAGGAGCCCAAGCAGCCAAGUCAAACUGGAACUGAGUUGGAUAAGUCACGCAGCUUGGAGCUGGAGCAGGCAGAUACAACUGUGGUGCAGCAGGAUGAUCAGGUGGAGGAGCGACCUAUGGCGGUGGAUGCCACACUCAAGCGGCGACGUUCCGUGACGCCACCAUUAAGCAACGAAAAGCAAAGAAUUCUUGGCGAUGAAGAUGAUACUAUUGAAUUUCUGCCAGCUGUCGCACAGAACUCGGUAGAGGCCACUCCAGUACUCAAAUUGCAGCCUUCGGAGCUGUCACCUAAAGCGGCCGUCGUCGCCCCAACAGUUGAUACCAUCCACAGUCAGCCAUCCUUUAAGCUCAGCUCACCAUACACACUAGCACCUCCUCUCGGACCCAACGCCAAGCAGACCCUCAAUUUGGGCGCACUUUCGGACAGCUUGAACACUCCAACACCGCCAGCUGUGCCCAUGGAGAUCUCCUAUCCAACAGAGAAUCUGCCGCAUAUCACAAAGAGUAACAAUGUGAUAGCUAUGCCAGAGCAGCCGGCUCCAUCAGUUCCAGUAUAUGGUUCUUCCGUAUACGCAUCCCAAUUACGGUGGGCUUCUGCUCCUCAGGCUGCUCAUGCUCCGGUCAGUCUUCAACGCGACGCUUCAGCUCACAAUGAUCCCACGAGCUGCCAUCCGACUUCAGAGUGUGGCAUCAGGAUCUGGUCAAGCUCCAAUUGGUCAACGUCCCACGAACCUCUGCUCCACUGCAGGUUAACGCCCCACGAACCUCUGCUCCAGUGCAGGCUGAUCCCCACGACACACUGUUCCACAGCAGGCUGCUACUCCAUUACGACAAACUCAACCACACAGCAGUCACCAGCGGCUCAAGUGCAGCAAGAACAACCCCAAGUUCCGGUGAAUGCCACCAGCUUUGCGAUGCCGCAACAGCCGCAGCCACGUCGUUCGGAGACGGUAUCCACCCAGACGCAGGCUUCUCAGCCGGAGUCUCGCCAAAAGCCAGCUGCUCCUGAUCUCAAAAACAGUGAUGCCAACUUCCAUUAUCGUUUAAGGGAGUUGUUCACAGAGUUGGACUCGAUCUUUAAGGAUAAAAUUGAUUCGGUGGAUCUAAAUGAAAAGUCUUUAAUCGAUCAAAUCGACGAAGAUGUAAAAACGCUGGACAAACUCUUGGCCGCUAAGGAAGAUGAGUGGAAUCGGCUAUACCACCGUUGCAUGAAGAUAGAGCUUCGUGGACGAGUGGAGCGGAAGAAACGUAUGUCCAUCAUCCAGAAGCUGAUACCCUCGAUGCUUCCCAAAGGCUGCAGCACAGAGGAGUUGUACGGUAUGCAGACGUCGCUGUUUGGGGAAAAUAUUCUCAAACUGGCCUUCAAGUCAGGCCCAACGUCCAUUGAGGAGAUGCUAAAUAAAGUGGAGGUCAACCAGAGCAAUAUCGAAAGACUGCGCGACGUUAUGGGUUUAAAAAAAAAGCACCAGCUCCAUCUCGCAUUGAUCCGCGAGUACCAGGAUGCGGUAAAAGAGGAACAGUAUCUGGAACGUAACUGUGACUUGCCUCCGGUUAAUAAGAAACCUCGGCUCCUGCGUCCCCAAGAUAGGUAA